AUGGUAAUACAAGUGUCAGAAACAGAAAGACAACAAAGAAAGGUAAUAGAAGUGAAAACACAGAUUCUUGGGGAGAUUGAAGAGUUGAGGAGACAAAGAAUAAUGGGGAGAUCAAGGAGGGUGGUGGCAGAGGCAGUGAAUAAUAAUGGUUGUUGUGUUUUCAGGGAGUAUAGAGAGGAGGAGAUCAUGGUGGCCACACACAGCUUUUGGGAUGAGUUGAGGAUGAAAGGUGGCGUUGGAGGAUGGAGUAAUGUGUAUAAAGGAAGGAUCAAUGGUUAUACAGUUGCAAUCAAGAUGCUCAAUUCUCUUCCUGCAUUCUCCCAACUACAUUAUUUCUUAGCUAAGGUGAAGAUUCUUGGCAGUAUUCGGCACCCACAUCUAGUUGAUAUGCUAGGCUUCUGCUCUGAGCCCAAAUGCAUAAUUCUAGAAUACAUGGACAGUGGGUGCUUGGGAGACAUUCUACAUUGCAGGGUAAGAAGAUGGUCCUUAUGGUGGCAUGAUCGGAUAAGAAUAGCGAUCGAAGUUUGCUCGGGCCUGGGCUUUCUCCAUGAAUCUCAGCCCAGGCCCAUUAUUCAUUGUCGCAUCGACCCAUCCAAUAUCCUCCUAGACCACAACCUUGUUGCAAAGAUCACAGGCUUUGGGCUUCAUGGAUGUGGUGAAGAAUGCAAUGUUGGGUCUGAUGUAAAGGCGGUAGGGGUUUUGUUGAUGCAACUUUUGACCGGAAAAAGAAAUUUUCUGGGUAUGGUUAGGGAGGAUAUUUUGGAUGGAAGUGGUGGGAAAUGGCCAUUGGAUGUAGCAAAGGAAGUUGAGGACUUAGCAAAGAGGAGCAUGUCCAAUGAAGACAUGAGCAUUGCAAGGGUCAUGGAGGAACUCAAUGAGAUUAGAAGAAAGCAUGAUAGUAUAGCUUGGACAAGAAUUGAUUAG